GGUGAAAAAUUCUCGAGAGGGACGUUUCUUGGCAUUCGUGGAAAAGGUCUACUCUAUAGCAUUGUCAUCGCGAGGGUUUUCCACAAUUUGCAAAAGUAAGGGUACAAGAAUUCACAUAUUAAUACGUGUGCUGGCAGAACUCUGGAAAAGGGGUCUUUGUAUUUUGUUAACAGGCCUAAGGAGUGCAUAUGCACUUGUUUUCCAAUCUAACUAAUGAUAUAUACUUAAUCAUGUUUGUUUCUUUGAAAUAAAUACAGUUUAAACUAAUAUAAAUUGUUUCUAAAUAAAGCUUAGGAGUUUUGUUUGUUUAUUUGAAUGUUUUUGUUCUGUUAUUUUUUGUUUGUUUGGUUGUUUUUUUCUUCGGUUUUGUUUGUUUGUUUUUUAUUUAUUUUUUUGAAAAUGAUACUAUAUUAGCAUACAUUCACUCCUGUAUAUUUUCCACUUGAUUUACUAUUUAAAUUUCCUUAACACACAAUCCUAUUAUAGAGAAACUUUUCUGUACUCCUCGCCAAUUACAUACACCUUUGUUAAAUGUCCAUUGAAAAAUCCUUUAAAUCAAGAUGGCGGAGUAGCGUUCUUAGCAACCCAUUACGAACUUCGUCAAACCAGAAGUUGAUUUCCCCCCCGAAAAUUUCUCACGUGUAUGUGUGAGAGGGUCGGUUAGGAGGGAUGAAACGAGAGCUGACCUCCGGUACUACUGACGGGCCUUCGUGGUUUAACAGAAUGAAAGCACUAGAGAUCACUGGGGAGAACCUGGAGGAUUUGCUGGCAUACGACGAUCUGUUCCUGGAUUAUUUCAACGCCUUCUUGUCAUUACCAGUAUUUCCUCAGCCUUUGAGGUACAAUCGUCUCACAGGAGAUUUUGAAGAUGCCUCAAAACAUAUGCAUAGAGAUUCUUCAAGUGUAAGCUCAGCAUCAGGUGAGGAAAACCCCCUGCCUUAUGGUACCACAGACAGUGAGAGAGAUAAAUUACUGGAAUGGGCCAGAGAAGAACGACUACCUUUGUUUCUCAGUACACAACUAUUCAGGGAAUUCAAGCUCUGCAAGCUUCUAUUGCGACCUCUUGAUGACAGAUACUCGGCCAGUCGAAAUUCCAGUAACCAGUUACGAGGUUACAGUCGCCAGUCGGAAAGUUACAUAUCCAGUUUGAGUAACAGCGCUGACAACAGUGGACACGAUGGAAUCGACGACGAGGAAUUGGCUUCCAUGCAGAACCAGCUCCAGAAUUCUACUCUGUUCAAAUAUCAGCGUCCAGGAAGCAGAGCUAUUAGCAUGCCCCCUCGACUGGACUUUGAAGCUGAGUUUUAUGUGCAGGGGAGUACGGCUACCCCUACAACUCAGGAACCUCCCUUAUCAGAAGUCCAGCCCAAAAGUGCUUCCCUAAAGAAAAGGCUCAAGGAGAAAACUGACAGCGAAAAAGAUGACGGAAACCCUAGAAAGCCCUCAGUCGUAAAAUUUGAUCCAGUGACCAGCGAUGUCAAAAAUAAACACUCUGCUCAUAAAGAGAAACGUCAAAAAUCUGAGGCAGAGGAAGCAUUUAUGAGGCAUGCCAGGGUCCUGUCAGCACCUUUGAAUUACGCAGAUUACAUGCGACAUCCAAUGUUUGGGGAUUUCGAUUUCUUGUUUGGGGAGGAUGAGCCUGACCCAGAUGGAAAAGUGUAUGUGUCUUUUCAAGAUGAACAUACUAGUGAAGAACAGACUGAGACUGAUGUGAAAAACAUGGAAGGAAGAUUGAAGAUGUCUCUUCAGGAGUUAAAGGAACAAGUGCUAGGAAAGCAUGACAGUAUGGAGGGCUUCAAGGAGUUCCUUGCAGAUACUGCAGGCUUUUAUCUUCUGAACUUCUGGUUAGACUGUGAAUACUAUAAAGAUGCCAUGGAGAACUUUGAUGAAAUUGUCAACAUGGAUAUCAGGAACAGACUAUUUAGGGAUAUCCAGGACAAGUACAAAAUGAAUUUAACGGAGGAAGCCCGCAAUCAGAUAACCAAAGCCUCCUGUAACUCCUCUCUUAGUCACACCGUUUUUAUCCGCACGCAGUAUGAUGUUCUCCGGCGGUUACGAGCUUACUGGGUACCCAGAUACCUCAUCCACAUGGAAAGGCUACGAGAACUCAAAGCUAUUGGAAGUGUCAUGGGUAUCAAAGGUAUCCGAGUAGAAAACUCCAUGAAGAAAGUUACACCUUUCCUGCCUUCCAUUUCUCUAGUCAAUUCAAUGCCUGUUCGCCCCGAUGAUGUGCUAACAUACUCCAAAACAAAAAGCUGGGACUUUUUGUGUCGAGGUGGACGGAAGUUAGACUCCAGAAUAUCUUCUGCUAAAUUAAAACCAGCUCUGCAUCCUGCUUUGCCAGUCAAAUUGACCAAAGACCGAUUUUUGAUUGCCUUAACAUCAGAUAAGGUUGCAGGAGGCCCAUUCCAAAGAUACUUGGAAAAACAGGAGGAUAGAGGACUGGUGUCCAGCUUGCUGUUCUGGCAGGAUGUGACAGAUUACGGGAAGGAGGAGGACAGGUCAGCAGACAGACUCCUCAGGCUCUGCCAUGCAUGGAAUAUCUACAACUCUUAUUUUCCUGAUGGUGCUAUGUACCCCAUUGGUGCCUCUGAUUUAGAAAGAGCUAGACUGCACCAUUCUUUGCUGCAUGCCAAAGACUUUGUAGACGCCAACAUUUUCAUAUCAUCAAAAGCUCGGGUUGUAGAGUUACUAGAACAAAACUGGAUUAAUUAUCUGAAGGAGGAUUUAAAGAAUUUUUUAGAUGCCCAUGUUCGAGAUGGUGCUUUGAGCCCCCCAGAAACUGCUGAUGUUAUAGACAUUGAGGUGAAAAAUGAAGAGUUGAUCAUCACUCGACCGGACCCAUGGGUCAAAAGAUGGACAGCUUCUGGGCGCUGUACUCGUAAUUCUAUCGUAAAGAUACAUAUAAUUCCAACAACAGACUCGGUGAGAGAAGCUAGACUUCGAGCUGCUCUGAAAUCCGUUGAUCUUCUUGGACCUGAGGAGAGGGCAGAAAGAAGGGCCAAAAACAGGGCCAAGAGGAAGGAAAUGGAGAGGGAGAGGAAGAAAGCAAUCCGUGCUGCUUAUCGCAGGGUCAGGGAGGCUAAGAGGAAGAAAGAACCCGAGAAGGAUGAUGAGGAGGAUAUGGAAUUUGACAUUGACGGGGAGAACAAACCCUCUAAACCGCCCCCACCUUUUGUUGACAUGCUCCACAAUAAACAAAUUAUGAACAAUUUCAAGAAAAGCCUGACUGAGUCGGAGGACAAGGAGAGGGUCAACAUGGUAUACCUGUAUUUUGACAUUGAGAAUUACCUGAACUUUGGCAAUAGUAAGAGUGAAUCCAAAAAGAAGGACUCUCAUGCCCAGAUGUUGUACAAAACCUAUUUUGAUGGCCAAGGGAAGAAAAAGGUGUCUUUUAGUGAAAAAUUAAGUGCUAAAAUUUCUGAUAGGCCAAAAUCUCCAGUCAUUAAGGAGUUGCAGCAUUACAUUCUGCCAAAAAUAGAGGAGUCAUUUAAGGCCUACAUAAUUGAAAAGGCAAACGAGAAUGGAAUGGAGCCCCGGGAGUUUGCCAAUUUGUCGCAAGCAGAAUUAUCAUUACGCAUGGGAACAGACGCUUCACUGAUUGGAGGAGCUUGGAAGAAGGGCCGGAAAGGCAAGGGUCCAGAAAAGCCUGAUGACACAACAUACACAGGUACAAGCAGGGACCAUUCCUCCUCACAAUUUGAUGAGACUCCGUCAUCUAAAAUGUCACAAAGGCGCGGGCGAAGGUCCAAGACUGGUCGUGCCCAGCCCAACAAAGAAGACAAGGAUGAAUUCUUCAAAUCCCUGAAGCAGUCUGCUGGUGGUCACCUGACACUGCCAAUGUUAUUCUUCUACAAGUACCUACUGAAGCAUGGGGAGGAGGACGGCAGUCCACUUAUCGACAAAGAUCUCUUCUUUUACAUAGAAGUACAGAAGUUCAAGGAUGCAAAUCAUGCCCACUCAGACGAGGAGCUUUUGAGGAAGAAAGUGCAAUCCAUUAUGGAAUGUUUCUUGGAUUCUGUGACUAGUCCAACACUUCAGAUUGACAUAUCACCGCAACUUCAAGAAAAAUCAAUAAAGGGAGCUCAGAAAUACUUAGGAGGAAAAGAUAUAGUGCCCAGCUUGUUUGAUGAAGCACAGUUUGCAGUAUUCAAAGAACUCCUUCCCUACUGGGCAGGGUUCAAACGAGGCUUCCAGCCACCAGAGGAUCCUGCAAAGAGACCAGUAACAAAAUAUCAGAAGAUGCUCAAAAAAAGAUUGGAGAACAUAGAAAACUAUGAGAUUCCAAAGGAAGAGUUUGCCUUUCCUGCCAUUCCAGAUGGAUCCAUCGCUGCGUACACCUUCUCCUUGUCUGAUGGGGUCCGAUGGAGGAGAGAAGGAGUGAGGGAUUUGGACAUGUCCUCAGAUGAUGCUGCAAGUAUUCUAGGCAGUCCUUUAGAUCGAUCAGAAACAGGCACUACUCGAGGAGGAACCAGUCACAAGACCUUAGAUCAGCUCAAAAAGAGGCGGAGAUCCCACGUGAUGAGUGUGCCACCAGGUGGCGCUUUGACAAGAAAUAACACAGAAUCCAGUGCUACCAUUUCUGUUAAGGACUGACAUAGACCUCUUUUAUUUAUACAUGUGAUAUCUUCAGCCUCAUGAUCCUGGUGUGAUAUCUCAAGUCUUUCUUUGUUUAUAUAUGCUUUACAUUGUUUUAUUAUUCUUAUUGAUAAUAAAAUAAAGAUUUGUUAUUUUCUUA